AUGCCAAGCUUAGAUGACAUAUUGAAACCAGUGGCAGAAGCUGUGAAAAACGGCAAAAAAGUUACAUUUUUUAAUGGUGCUGGGAUUUCGACAGGUGCAGGGAUACCAGAUUUCAGAAGCCCCGAUACGGGUCUUUAUGCAAACUUGGCCAAGUUGAAUCUUCCAUUUGCUGAGGCGGUGUUUGAUAUUGAUUUUUUUAAAGAAGAUCCGAAACCGUUUUACACAUUAGCAGAAGAAUUAUAUCCCGGUAAUUUUGCUCCAACAAAAUUUCAUCAUUUCAUCAAGUUGUUACAAGACCAAGGUUCCUUGAAACGUGUCUAUACCCAAAACAUUGACACUUUAGAAAGGUUAGCAGGAGUUGAAGACAAAUAUAUUGUUGAGGCCCAUGGGUCAUUUGCCUCUAAUCACUGUGUUGACUGUCACAAAGAAAUGACUACAGAAACUUUGAAAACAUACAUGAAGGACAAGAAGAUCCCCAGCUGUCAACAUUGUGAAGGUUAUGUCAAACCAGAUAUUGUAUUUUUUGGAGAAGGUUUACCAGUCAAAUUUUUUGAUUUGUGGGAGGAUGACUGCGAGGAUGUAGAGGUCGCCAUUGUGGCAGGUACUUCUUUAACUGUGUUCCCAUUUGCUUCACUACCAGGUGAAGUGAACAAGAAAUGUUUACGGGUGUUGGUGAAUAAGGAGAAAGUUGGUACUUUCAAACAUGAACCCAGAAAGUCUGACAUAAUUGCUUUACAUGAUUGUGAUAUUGUAGCCGAAAAGUUAUGUACCCUAUUAGGAUUGGAUGACAAAUUAAAUGAAGUCUACGAAAAGGAAAAAAUUAAAUACAGUAAAGCAGAAACAAAGGAGACCAAGAUGCAUGAAAUUGAAGAUAAAUUAAAAGAAGAGGCACAUUUGAAAGAAGAUAAACAUACCACUAAAGUGGACAAGAAAGAGAAGCAAAAUGACGCUAACGACAAAGAAUUAGAACAAUUGAUAGAUAAAUUAAAAAUUUAA